UUUUUGUACAAAGUUACACGAUCGAGACAAACUUCUGAAAGAAAAUCAUUUCAUAAUAUUAUUAAAAUGUUAAAUUCCUCAAGAAAUACUAUAAAGCAUUUGGAUUUUCGAGUUUUACGAUUAUCCUCCUAUGCAACGGAUGGAAGAGUAGAAAAAAAUGAUGAAUUCAGGGUAUUGAAUUUGAAAUCAGUCAAAGGCCAAGUACAGCAGAGAAGACCACCUAAGCAGAUUGCAGUAUUACCACCAAGGACGAACCGGAUGCGCGUCGACCAGCCCUGGCCGGACGUCUGGCCCGGUCCAAGGACGUUCCAUCCUGCCUCGGUCCCGUUGCCCGUACGUCAGGGGUACGUGGAGAAGGGCGCCCCCCCUGACAAGUACGCCAAUGCCGAGUUGCUCAAGAUCCCCAAUUUCCUGCAUCUGACGCCGCCGGCGAUCAAGAGGCAGUGCGAGGCACUGAAGAGGUUCUGCACAAAGUGGCCGAAGGGGUUGGAGAAAGAUGAGAGCUGCGAGAGGCAUUUUCCUAUCGAGGUGAUCUCCAGUGAUUACUGCCACUCGUCCCCGUCGAUAAGAGACCCCCUGUCGAGGAUAGUAUCCGUGCGUUUCCGGUUGUCCUCGUUGCGUUUGGACGAGCGAGCCAGAGACAAGUUCUUGCGUCUGAUUGGCGACAGAUACGAGGCGGCCGCAGAUAUGGUUACCAUAGUGGCCGAUAGGUGUCCGCUCAGGAAGCAGAAUUACGAUUACGCCAUGUACCUGAUCACGGCGCUCUAUCACGAAUCUUGGAAUGUUGAGCCAUGGGAAGAGCUGAAAUCAGAAGCAGAUAUGGAACGGUACGAAUGGAGUGCGAGCAGUUCCAAGAAAUGCUUGGAAACUUUGUUCGGAAAACCAACCGAGGAUAUAGCGGAAAGCAAAGUUUAUUCAGAAGCUGUCGAUAAGUUGAUGAACGAAGGGGAAAGCGAAUAUACUGUCACCAAAUAUGGAGAAGCCGUCAGAGCUCUUCUCAAACUGCGAGCUGCUCCUUCCUGAUCGGAAUCCGCGUAUUUCAACAACAAAAUGUUAAUUCGAUUAGAUGAAAUGACUAAGUGGAAAUUAAAUUGAACGCGUUGUCGAGUUUUUUGUAUUCUUUAUUAUUUAUUAAAUAUCUAAGAAGUAUUGG